UAUGUGCUUUCAGCUUGUCCCAUUUAUUUUCCAGCCAUUGAACAUUAGCUAGCAGGACGGAAGGCAAGGGCAGAUUAGCCACUCGUCACCUGAUCCUUGCAAGGCACCAUGAUAUUUUUCCAUGAAAUCUCUGUUUCCUUCUCCAGCGAAUCACGGGGAUCUGGGCCUGGUCGGGUGUCUGUAGUAGUUUAUCCCUCCCGUCCGACUCAUUGAAGAACUCUUCGUCCAGCUUGAGGAUUUAACAUUAGACACUUGAAGAGAGGCAUAGUGGCUCCCCCCACUGGUGGUGGCUGGGAUCACUUUACUUUUGGGGACCAGUGGAAGACGUACAUUUCUUAAUGGCUUAACAAAAAUAGAUGGCUAACCAGACACCUGGAGAACAUAUGCUUGAAGUUGCAAGUAGGUGAGGUUUUGAUUGGCUGAGGUUUGAGAAGCAAAGCCUCACGAAUCAGACCACAUGGAGGUUAAAGGGCGUCUCAUCACAUCCAUGGGUGUGCGGUCUCCAGAUCAGGACAGCAAGCUGCAAGCUGAGCGCAUCUCCGCACUACAGGAGAGAAAGCAAAUCCUGGAGGACAUCCUCAGCAGCCGAAUGGGAGAGCUGAGACAAGUGUGUCUGCUGGAGGCGGAGCUGACCGGGAUGGUCCCACGUGCUUUUCCCCUGGAGACAGGAGAGAGAUCUCCUGUUGUACAGCGCAGGGCUGGACUGGCACAUUACAACACCAAGGGAGAGGAUGAGUCAGGUCAGCGAAGGCAGAUGAAAACACUCUUCAGUGGGGCUCUGUACAGACACUCAGAGUCAGACAGGAAUGUCCCCAACAGCAGGAGGACCGUCCACCGGGGAUGUCACACAGAGGACACAGUGAUGUCGGAGAGUACUAGCUCCAUAUCAGAUUCAACGUGCCAUGACAAUGAGGAGUCCUCUCCCAGUGUGGCAGAAGACCACCGCUCCAUGUGCCAGCCCCGUCUGGGCAGCCCAGACCACCAGGUCUGUAGGAAACUGUCCCCAGUAGAGAUAUACUAUGAAAUGAGAACACGCCGUAACUCUGUGACCAGCUCUAUCAGCCCUAGUCAUUCUCUACCAAGGAGUGCAUCUAAUGUUGAAGGCAGAAGUGUUCCUGCUACCCCCCUCCUCGCCCGAACCGCCCCAAUCAGUGUUCAUGUCAGAUCAGAUGACUCUGGUGGGAUUUCACUAAAGCAGUGGUCUGGCAGCCUGGAUGUACCACAUAUGGAGCCCCUGGCCCAGGAAGGCUCCUCCUCGGAGCGCAGAGGCUGCCCUUACAGCUCCUGUGCCCGGCGGAGCAACAGUUCUGAGGCCCUGCUUGACCGCUCCAGUCUCCCCGAGGACCCAGCCCCCAGGAAUGGGAUGCCCCCCAGAGGAGGGCCUUACAAAAGUUCUGAGGCCCUCACUGACGGCAACCUGAGGCACAUCCACCUGGGCAGUCCUGAGAGACAGGAGCAGGCCAACCUGCGGCUGUCCAUGGGUGGGAGAGUAGAAGCAGCAGAAGGAGGGGGUUACAACGAGCUCCUAAUGGAUUACAUCUGGGGAAAGCAACAGAGGAUGCAAGUGCAACACCAGCUGUACCAAUCAACAGGUAGAAUCUGGCAGGACAUUUCCUCUCCUCGAUCGUCCACUGCUGCAGUGCCUCCUCCCGCCAAUGGCUUCUCCCACUCCCAGGUGCAUCUUCCCAGCGCUAUUCCUUCCUACAGUCCCAGAGUGAUCCAUAGCUCCCAGGCAGAGCCUCGCAGAGUCAAAGUCACCCGGACCAAGUCCUGCGGACCCUUCAUCCCCCUUCAGCAGGACGCCAUCCUGCUCUCUGCCUAUGAGUCUCCCCACCCUGCCACAAGCUCCACUACCUCCUCCAUUCCCAACCUGCACCCCUUCCAGACUGAGCUGUCCGGCCCAUCAUUCAAUCGCAGGCCUCCCCAGUUCUCUCUCCCCACCCCUGAGGAUUCGACGAGGAGUCUGCAUAAAGCCUUGGCGCUGGAGGGUCUCAGAGACUGGUAUCUGAGGAACGCCCUCGGCUACCCUACCACUACAUCGAAGGGGCAUGAUGCAGGGGUCUCCCGUCUCUCAUACCCCCACCCUAUGGUGCACCAGGCUCAGUCUAUACAAGGUGAUCCACUCCAUAGGUCCCAGAUGUCUCAGUCAGCCAGCUUCCAUGGCCACCCACUGCAUGGAAGGUCAAUGGAGUUCUCACUCUAUCAAGAGCCCAUUCAUCCUCAGAUGCAAGACAUGACAACAAAGGAGCCCAGUGCUGACCCUGGCACUUUGGUCUGAUGUAGCUGAAUAUAUAUUCAAACACACACAUGCACAGACAGACAAACAGGCAGGCAGGCAGGCAGGCAGGCAGGCAGGCAGGCAGGCAGGCAG